AACGCGCAUUCGCACAUUCACAGCCGCAGGUAACACCUACCACUACCACCAAGCAACUGAAACACAGCAGAGAGAAAACAUUAUUACGAUUCACAAUCAGCGUGUCGCGCGCAAAACCCGUAACACCUUCGUACAGAUGUAUUAUUCACCGAGUUGUCGCCGUUCAAAUUAAAAGGAAAAUCGACGGCGACGGCGGGAACAAAAAACAACAGCAACAGCAGCAAAGCGCAGGAGAUUACAGGCGAAUCCACGCUGCGUUCGGAUCGCCGGGGACGGAACGGACGUUCGGCUGCUUGCGGAACGCACCCUGCUGCAGCGGCUGCGAGCGCAGCUCUGUAGCAGCAGCAGCAGCGGCAGCAGCAGCAUCAGCAGCCUGCUACUGCUGUGUUGCAGCAACUCGAGGAAGAAACUGGGACUCAUGGCAGUCGCGGACUCGUCUCUGCCGUCGUUCAACAACUUCUCGAGUCGGGAUAUCGGCGAUCGAUACCUUAGCAACAUGCUCACGCGCUGGAAGGUGGACAGCCCAGCUCCGGUCGAGCGCAAAGAGGACGACGACAUCGUGGACUUCAUCCUCGCCAACUCGCUCACUCCCAUCCCACCGCUCCCCCCAGCGCCGGGGGUAUCCUACCCCUUACCCGAUACCCCUGAGAGCUGUGGAGGAGGAGGAGGAGGUGGUGGCGGUGGUAGCGGCGGCGGCGUAUACUCGAGCUCCCAGCAUCAGUCAUCUCUGAACGGCAUGAGCGGCAUCGCCGGCACCGCGUGCGGCGGCGGCGGCGGCGGUUCGAGUCUGGUGGCUGAACUCUUCACGCCGGACCUGCCCUGCUCGUCUCAGUUCCCAGGCUUCGCCGAUUUCCACGCCAAUUUCGCCAUCAAGAUGGAGCCGGGAACCCUCGACGUGAGCUCUUGGGAAUCAACCUCGACAGCGAGCGCCCAGCACCAGCAAGUCCACCACCACCAUCACCACCAGCAGCAGCAUCAUCAUCAGCAGCAGCAGCAGCAACAGCAAGCGCCGUCCUUUCGCGUAAAAGUGGAACGCAGGGAGACGGCAUGUUACCAGCAGAAGCCGAGUGCAUCGUCUUCAUCGUCAACCUCCUUUCACCUCGCUUCGACACAAUCGCUGCCGUCCCACCUUCCCGAUCAGCGCAGUGCGCUACCACAAUACCUGGUCGCAGGUCAACAGCAGCAGCAACAUCAGCUGCACCUUCAGCAUCAUCAUCAACAACAGCAGCAGCAGUAUCAGCAGUACACGCUUCAGAGCUGCAGCUACAGCGGGCGCUACCCUCCGCCCUACCACACGCACAUGCAAAGCGUGGCCGGACUCCUGCAGCAGGUGACGUCCUCCGCGUCCACCGCGAACCCCUGCACGCCGCCCACGUCCCCCUCGCUGGGGGCUCGACCCGCGGGCUCUGCGGCGUCGGCGGUCGCCGCGGGGACCGGCGAGGCCGAAGCGAGGCCCCGCCGAGGGCGGAGGGCGCAAGGUGGUCGCAGGAGGUUGGCGUGCCACACGUGCGAGUUCCCGGGGUGCGGCAAGACUUACACCAAGAGCUCGCACCUCAAAGCUCACCUGAGGACACACACAGGCGAGAAGCCGUACCACUGCACGUGGGAAGGCUGCGGUUGGAAAUUCGCGCGCUCCGACGAACUGACCCGCCACUUCCGCAAGCACACAGGGAUUUAGGCCCUUCCAGUGCCACCUGUGCGAGAGGGCCUUCUCUAGGUCGGACCACCUGGCCCUUCACAUGAAGCGCCACACGUGAGGAUGAAGGUCCCGCGCCACGCCUGCCCGCCCUUUAAACUCACCCCUACUCCAUCCCCGUCUAUAUCCUCCCCCAUCCCGUCUUCCAUGGACGCUGCCUGAUUUAAGUUGUCACCACUGGACCAGUGAGACGCCUUAAGACUUACGUUCUCAGUAAGAUUCGAUAUCUAUUAUAAAUAAUUUAGUGUAAGAGAAUUUUUUUUGACACAUGUCUGCAUUGCAAAAGAGAUUUUUGCAUCUCGAUGGGAAGUCUCUUCCAGUAAGGACUCCAUUGCCUUAUCGUAAUGUUUUUUGUAUAUAAUGUUUAAAAAAACAAAACUUGUAAAUAUGAAAAAGACGACUCUGCCAUCCCCUGUUGAGGUUCUUUUGUUGAAUUGGUUAAAUUCACAACACGCUUUGGGGGUUCUGAUUCGCUUGUCUGAUGUUUGUGUCCGGUGCUUCUGCAAUACCCAUUGAGACACAACGCAACGUCUUUAUUAUUCAUACCGGUCGGGUGUUCACGGCCGUGCUGUGGUCACCUCUCCGAUGCGCGACUCCGGGUUGUGCACCGCGUGUUGUUCGGGCACGAUGUCCGACGUUUCGCUUCAUCAAGAAGUGAAUUCUCUUAGAGGACGCCGAACGACACACGCAUGGGUACAUAUCCAAACACAGCAGAGUUCCAUACAUACACAAACAACAACAACAACAACCGCCUUUCACCACUAAGUGGUGGUGAUGCUUGUGCCAUGCUAGAUGCACUUGCACACACAUAUAUACACACGGGGAGCCGUCAAAUCCACGUAUGAAUAUGGCUCAUGACGGUUACUCGGGAUGCAAUUGUGUAUCGAGCAGCCAAACGUAUAAUUUUUAACUCCACCAUAUCACACAGCGAUACGUGUGAAUAUAAAUGUCAUUUUAAUCCUGAUGGGUUCCAUUCACGCGAGCACUGCAGCCGCUGGAGGCCGCUAUAAUUCACCGCGAUGUAAAAACAACAAGAACAAAAAUAUCUAAUCGAUGUUACGCAUAUCGAACCGCUGAACCGAAUCCGUAGGAUUCAUCGAAUCGCCGGCGAAUCGAAAGUUACACCUCGAGUGAGAACGUAUGUGUGGCGCUGAAGGCAGCGGGUCAAAUUCUUAUCACAGUUGACGAGUCUCUGCGGUGUUUUAAAACAAAACGAUGACAAAUCUCAUACGCCUUUUGAAUGCCCCCGUGUGUGUACGCGUGUGUGAGUGUGUGUGUUUGUCUCGGUGUCCCAGUGUGGCACAGUACGAGCGAGCAGUGUUUUGAGUAAUUGUAGACGAGACUUAACAUAAAAAACCGUGCCUUCUCCAAUAGUGUCCCAGCGGUUCACAGCCAUAGCAAUGUGGAGUGGGGGUGGGGGGAGUGAGGAAUCUGCGAGUAUAAAUAUAUGUAGAGCACCAGCGAGGCGGAGCGCUGCUCCAUUUGUACGCAGCACACCACGUGGUCUGUUGCACAGGCAGCUUAUUCGGUUUCUUCUUAGUACGUACAAUGAUGCUGCUUUAAUGCAGCAUCAUUGUACGUUUUGUUUUCACGAGUGUCUGUGAUUUAUAUAUAUAUAUUUUAUAAUGAAGGCGCUGGGAUACUGGAAAAGAAAAAGAAAGUAUUUGGAAAGACAAUUACUUGAAGUGUCGCGUGCACAGGGUAUGGCUACGGAGAGGUGUUGAUGUUGUUGCCACUUUGCGCGCCGCUUUCGCAACGAAGGGGGCGCUUCAUUUCAGCCGGAACUGUCCCACCGGGGGAUUCAGUCCCCGGGAAAUAUUCAUAUUCACCCCCCCCCCCCUAAAAAAAAACUGAAAUGAAGCACUGCGGUAAGGUUUAUGAACGCGUGUCUUCUAUAUUGUUUAAAGAUGUAGUGCCCAAAACGGUAACCAAGACGGGUUCACUGGUGUUAACGGACGACACUGUACAAUCAAUAACAAAAACACAAUCGUUUAUAUAUAUAUUUUUUCCCUUUUUACUGUCAAAGUAAUGUCCCACCGUUAGAAAAUUCUGCAAUCGGUCAACCGGUAGGUCGCGUGUGAGUGGGUGGGGUAAAAUGUGGGCAUCCUCCCCACCCCCCACCUCUUCCAAGACGUGACCAGCGUGGAAGGUUAGUCCCCCAAAAAAAUCCAUUUUCGAUCCUUGUGCCAGUAAGUGGCUGCACCUCCUAAGAAUUACCCCCUCCCCACCUCCCCCCACUCCUGCCCAGAGGGUGGGGGUCAGGGAGUGCGCGGCGCCUUACGGAAUUUAAAUCUCCGUCUUUUGUGAAGCACCGUGGCUCUGUCACUGGAGGACCCUACGAACAUGACAAUGGUAUCAAUUAAUUCGCUACCUACCGGCUCGCGGGGAGGCCAUAAGCGCAGUUACACCGCCUGCGCACUCAAUAACUACCUUCUGGCCAUUGCUGCAUUACUUUUAAUUUCGUUCACCUGAACCCUCGAUCAAAGGCCGUUCGGUAUCAAUUGAAAUACCACACUGCAUCCCCUUGGGGCCUUUAACAACCUCAAUGAUGGUAACGAUAAUAAUACCAACAACGAUAAUGAUGAUUAUAACAAUACUAACAAAUGCGCAUCUACGUAGACGCAGCGGCGGCAUUGCUGCUCUGCAGAGUCCUGCCCGCUGCCACGCGUGUUCCCAUCGCCACGCACAAGCAACACACGACGGGACAAUUGUGUUGCACAAACACAAUCGUCGCUUACAGAAGGGGCGAACGCGACUUCGCGCCGGCGUGCGCUGUAGAGGUUUUUUUUUACCAACCGCCCCUUUGUUUUUUUUCUUUUACAAAAGGAAUAAUAAAAUAAAUUAAAUAUAAAUAAACAUCCCACAAUAAACAUCCCGCGACGCGGAGCGGACACACUGCUAAUCAUUUACAAACUUUUUUUUUUAAACCUGCGCAAGGUACAAUGGUGGCUACUUCCCACCUCCUUUCCAACGAUCGUGGAAGAGUAGACCACAUACCGUCUAGAGAGGAACUCUCCAUCCGCCAGCAGUGGCGUGAGUGAGCAAUUGCAGUCACUGCGCCUUAACCGAUACCUGCGCGCUCACAACUCGCGCGCACACACCUGUGUUGCGAGAGGCGGGUUUAUUACAGCCGCAGGCUGAAAGGUGAUGGUGCCAGGAUCGACUGGGUCUGGCCGGUUUAAUUGGAUUCCGGCUGACACAAGAAUCCCGUCUCCAUUUAACAGCCGAACAGAUCGCCCGUCUCCGUCGUUUCAGACGGAGUGCUCUUACCAAUAACAUCUGGGAAACCGGCAGCAUUGGUUUGAACAAGUCCUGACUCUGCUGAUGAGACGCGCAAAGGUCGAACGCGGUUCAGAGUUUGCUUGCGUUUAACACAACGUUGCCGGCCCACGUUGGGGUGCUUUAAAUAAAACGCACGUAUAACAACAAUAUAGAUUUAAUCUUGAUUUUAAUCUUGAUUUAUCGGUGGAGACAACGGGAUUCUGUACAUCAGUCUUCUACACUCGCCAGUCUAUCGAGGCCCGGUUUCGUUGGGUGUCGGCCUUUCCUCUACGAUUCUUGGCACGUAUUCAUCACCGCUCAAGAACAACGUGUUGGUGUAUUUCUGCCGUUGUUGUUAACGUGGUUUCACGUCUCUCUUGUCAAGUAAAAACAAAAAAAAGACUGGGUACGUUUUGUAAUAAUACGUUUUUUUUAUUUUUUACCAGUUCCUGUCGAUCAAAUGUAUAUUUCUGUGUUGUGGCAAUGCAAUGCGCGUGACCGGGUAGAGGAGUUGCUCUGGCGUCUAACGUUGAGUGAACGUUUCGUGACGGACGUUGAACGUGCGAAACGCGCAGGAGAUGUUUUGCUGUUGCUACGCGUUACAUCGUUGAGUUCGCCGAUCUUUACGCAGAGAGGAAUAUGACUUCGCGUUUGAAGCUUUCGUGACUGCAAGGAUUCAUACUCUUAGUUUUUUCGGUAAAGUCACGUAGGUAAAAAAUGAAAUUAAAAUUAAUAAAAAUAAAAUAGUAAUAAAAAUCACUAUUAUUAUUUUAUUUUUUAUAAAUUUUAAUUUCAUUUUUUACCUACGUGACUUUACCCAAAAAACUAAGAGUAUGACUUCGCGUGUUUAAAAAAAAAAAUUCUUCUCGGGGAGGGAGGAGGUGUAAGCUAUGGAGAAUGUAUAUCCAGUCGAUUCGCUACUGUGUUGAGCACCGUGUGCCUUUUUUUGGGGGGGAAGCGGACAGGGGGGGGGGGUUGCUAUCUCUAAAAAAAUCUAAUAAAAACGCUCAUUGUUGUACAAGCACAAAUAAUUGAAACAAACUUACGUACAACUUUAAAAUUCACAUUGCCUUAAACCAGCGUGGUGAAGUAUGGUCAAACCAAACUAACUCGCCGUGCGCCACGCACAACUUGGGGUGUUGGUAGGGUGGGGAGAAAGAGGCCUUCAUCCAGCAGUGCUUUUUAAUAGAGGGCUGUAAAUUAUUACAAUUGUUACUUUUUGAUACACGGUAUAGGAAGUAGAUAGUGCGUUCGUUUACAUAGGUUCUGACACACGGUGCCCGAAUGCUCACAAAGCCUUGCUGUUGUCGUCAAUUUGCUUGAGUCGUCACUUAUCAUUGCAGUGUGCUGGGUGCAGGGCGCGCAGUGCUUUGGUUUGACAGGGAGUGGGGUGCUUGAGCCCAUGAGCUGGGCUUUCUGUCGUGUCACUGGGGGGGCCCCCUUGAACCUCUCCCCUCCUGCACAAUAUUGCCCCCCCCCCUCCCCCGCCCGCAUCACCACAGACAUCUUCCAUGUGGCUCCACGUUCACGUCUCGAGCCAAAAGGUAUCUAUCGAAUGAGCUCUCGGACUCUCGUGCAAUAAUAAUUAUAAUAGAUAAUGUUAUUUCUGUCUCACGGGGCCUUUAUGAUCAACAUCUAUUGUAUACAGUAGAGAUGGUCGCUGUUAUUUAUAUAUAGUAUAUGCGUGUGUGCAAAUUAUAGUUCUAUUGAAUUAUCGCGGUAGCUUUAAUACAAACGGUAUACGCUGUACAGAAGAGCAUUUUUUGUUUGUUUGUUU